AUGUGCGUACACACUCACUUCUACAGUGACAACUAUAUGAAACAGAGUGAAAUAAACGUGUUUCUUUUCUCGCUCUCUCUUUCUCUCUCUCCUCUUCGUUUCACCGUUUCUUUUCUGGCAAGCAGAGACAUUUACACUUUAUUCUUCAUUUCUUCUUCUUCUUCUUCUUCUUCUUCUUCUUCUUCUUCUUCUUCUUCCCCUUCUUCUUCCCCUUCUUCUUCUCCCCACUCUCUCUUUGACAUACUAUCUAUCUGUUUCUUCGCCGAUUAUCUGUCAUUUGUUUUUAUAAAAUACAAUUUUUUUCCCGAUGACGUCGGACAGUCGAUCAAAUCUGAAGUAAAUACAAAACUCACGAGUCUCUCCCCCGCUCCCUCCUUCGCACUUUCUCUUCUCUCUCUCUCUCUCUCUCUCUCUCUCUCUCUCUCUCUCUCUCUCACACACACACACACCUACAUCCAAUCGUUGCAAAGGUGA